CGUCCCGCGACCGAAAAAUAACAGUCGGGCAAAAGAGGCAAUCGAUUCAGCUUCAUUCAGAGCAGUUUGGCUGCAUAGGCACUCGCGUGCCACUAAGCUUGCAGGCAAGCCAUGGAGCCCCACAAUCUGCAGGCUGCAUCAACCUACAUCAACAAUGUGCUAUUGGCCAGGGGUCUGUUGAAAAGCGGGCGCCCCAUUGACUUCGCUAAUCCCGAGGAUGAGGAUGGAGGGUCAGCAGCCACCAUGGGCAGGAUCAUCAACUUGAUCAAUGAUCUGGUCCUACGCCGAGACCGCGAAGCAGAGCACAGAGAGAGCCUCGCGACUACGAUCAGGACUCUGCGAGCGGAGGAAGCUCAGAAGUCGGGGGAAUUGGACAAAUUCAAGGCGAAAACAUCCGAGCUCACCCGAUCCCUGGCAUUGGCUGAAGCACAAGAACGGUCCCUGAAGGCCAACAUUUCAGGGGCUGAGGCGACCAUCCGAGGAUUGAAGGACCAGGUACAGCGCAUGCGAACCACCAUUCAGCAAGUCAGAGCCCAGUGUGCGAAUGACAUACGCAAGCGCGACACAGAAAUGCAGAAGCUCAAGAUGCACUUGGCUGAACGCCAGCGAGGAAGGAGGGAUGGUUUGACGGUCACAACGAUCAACAUCAACCCAGCUACUGGUCUGCGUCCGCGACCAAGAUCCAUCGCGGGUGGGGAGGGUCUUAGUGAUCCUGGUUAUAGCUUGAAGCAAGAGACGAACGACUUCUUAACGGAACUCUGCCAGAACCUAAGCGACGAGAAUGAUACCUUAAUCAACCUAGCACGAAACACCGUCGAAACUCUCAAGGACUUGCAGGGCUUAUCUUGCGCAGAGGAGGAGGAAGGUUGUCCAAGCGGCACAAUUAGCAUGGGAGCUACAAGACUGUCCCAUGGCUCCGUCACUAGUCUUCCGGCAUCGUGCGACGAGUUAUCCACUCAGAUGGAUCGUGUGCUUGAUCACCUCAGAACCUUGCUCACUAACCCUUCUUUCGUACCGCUUGAGGAGGUCGAAGUGCGCGACGAAGAGAUAAAGCGUCUCCGCGAAGGCUGGGAGAAGAUGGAAAGCAGAUGGAGUCAGGCGCUGACAAUGAUGGAUGGUUGGCACAAGCGCAUCGCUGACGGAGGACACUCGGUACAAGCAGAAGAGCUUCGUCGGGGAAUGGAUCUCAACUUCCGCUUAGAUUUAGCUCAGAGACAAGAAGAAAAUGAUGGUGAUCAAGAUGCGAACAUACAGUCGCCCGUCUACCAAGAUCGACAGGGCGAGGAAGAAGAAAAGAAGGAGAAAAUAGCGCAAUUGGCGCCCCAGAGGACAAACCGCACCUUAUCGGAUCAGAAGAUUAAGCCACCGACCGGUGAAAUCAAAGUGAAGAAGAACAACAAAGCUUUGAAGGAGAAAAGCGACAAUAUCAUGACAGCACGUUCUUCUCGGAAAGUCUCUUUCACAGCUGGGCUCAAGAAGUCUCCCGGAAUCGCUUCACCCGUCGAAGAUGAAACGUUACAGGUGAAAGCUCAUCGCUCGGAGAUGGUGACGCGGAGGACUACAAAGACAAAGAGCGAGUCUAAGGAUGCUUCUCAACAGAGAGUCAAUCUGACAGCUAAACAGGAUCCUAAUCCCUUGCGCAUGAGUGUUCCCCAGAAGCUAGCCGCAGUCGAAGAUGAGGCUCGAGCUGCCGAGCAAAAGCGUAAAGAGAACGAGAGCCGCAAACGAGGACGGAAUCCGAAAGGGUCUAGCAAAGCGCAGCGUGACCGACGUAGAAGUACACUUACCAGUGAUGAACUUGGAGAGCUGAUGGGAAUGCCUUCGAGAUGA